CCUCUCUGGGUCUUGUUGGGUGAGGACGCACGCGCUCUCUCUCCCCUCUCUCUCUCUGGUUACCUGGAUAAACACACCUGUUCCCCCUACCCCCCUUCCGCCUUACCCCUUCCCCCCUGCCCCCCAGCGACCCCCUUCACCUCAGCAACAGGCGGCCUCAGCACCUCCUCAGCACUCAGCACCUCGUAACACACACAGAACAUGGCGGCGGAGACACGAACAAGGACAAAAACAGGAAGAGGAGGAGGAAGAGGAGUAACAUUAGCCAGCAGAACGGCGGCGGCGGUGGUGGUGUUGGUGGCGGUGAUGACGGUGGUGGUGGGGGGCAUGGAGGUGGUGGAGGAGGUGAACGGUGGUGGUGUUGCCUCCCACCACCACCUGCAACACCACCGCCUGCAGCAACACCUCAGCAGAAGACGGAGACAAGGUAAUGAAGAGGAAAAGGAGGCCAUCUUCUUCGCCCUGCCCGAGGAGGUGAGCGAGAGUGACUGCACCUCCCCUGACGGCGUGCCCGGCCUCUGCGUGCCCGUGACCGACUGUGUGCACCUGGUGGAGGGCCUCAAGACAAACAGGACGGGGGCCUUCUUCUCCUUCCUGCAAAAGAGUGUGUGCUACUACGACCAGUCCACGCCGAUUGUCUGUUGUGGAGGUAUGGGAAAGCUGCCUCCUACCUCCCCUCCUCCUCCCACAGACCCUACUCUUCCUCCAGCGACCCCCACACCCUCCCCUGCGACCCCAACUGACGUUCAACCUGUUGGUGGUGAGGCUCCUCCUCUUUCCUCCUCCUCCACUGCCUCUACCUCCACCUCCACAUCCAGCACUACUUCUUCACCUCCGCCCUCUUCCACCACCUCCUCAUCCACCACCACUUCCUCCACCACCACUUCCUCCACCACCACUUCCUCCACUACCCCCUCCACCACCGCCCCAGACAUUACCAGCACCGCCACACCUGUUGAGAGCACACCUGUCGACUCGGAAGAGGAACCAGCGACCACCACCACGACUGAGGAGCCCCCCGCCAACACCGGCCUGAACCGCCUCCCGCAGGACUCGUGUGGCAAGAGUGACUCCCUCGCCGCCGUCAGGAUCGUAGGAGGAUCAGAGCCGCCCAUCGGCGCCCACCCCUGGCUGGCGGCUCUGGGCUACGAGAACGUCCGCGGCAAGGUGCAGUUCCUGUGCGGCGGCGCCCUUGUGACGGACCAGCACGUGGUGACCGCCGCCCACUGCAUCAAGGACCGCGACGACCUGAAGGUGGUGCGCCUCGGGGAACAUGACUUGAACAGGGAAGACGAUACCAAACACGAGGACUUCGACAUCGCGACUCGAACUCUGCACCCGAGCUACAACACGCCGUCCUCCUUCGCCAACGAUAUCGCCGUGCUCAAGCUGUCCCGCCCCGUCAAAUUCAGGAAGCAGGCCAUCGUGCCCGUGUGCCUUCCCCUCUCGGAGUCCCUCAAGACGGAGCCGCUGGUCAGGAGGAGCGGCUACGUGGCGGGAUGGGGCGCCGUGUCCUUCAACAACGUGUCGUCGCCUCGUCUGCUUCACGUCAGCCUGCCCGUCAUCAGCGAGAAGGACUGCGCCGAGAAGUACCGCCGCUUCAGGAACAUCGCCAUCAACAACACCACGCUGUGCGCCGGCGUGGGGAACCAGGACGCGUGCCAGGGUGACAGCGGCGGCCCCAUGGUCAUGUUCUUGGAGGGCCGAUGGCGGCUCGUCGGCGUGGUGUCCUUCGGCUUCCGGUGCGCCGAGGCGGACUUCCCGGGCGUGUACACGAGGGUCACUAACUUCACCGACUGGAUCAUAUCCCUCUUGAAGUAGCGGCGAGAGGAGAGGAAAGUGAGAGAAGGGAGUUGAUGAAGAAGAGGCGAAGCUAACUGUAUCAUCUCCCUAUUGAACUAUCAGGGAGGGAAGGGGGAGUGAGGAAAGGGAGAGAAGUGAAGUGAUGAAAUAGAGGCGAAGCUAACUAUAUUAUCUCCCUAUUGAACUAGCAGGGAGGGAAGGGGGAGUGAGGAAAGGGGGAGAAGGGAGGUGAUGAAGAAUGGCCGAACCGGUGUGACUGACGAUACGGACUUGGUUAUCUCCCUUUUGAACUAGAGGGAAGGGAAGGGAGAGAAGAGGACAGGGAGAGAAGUGAGGGGAUGAAGAGGAACCGGAGCUAACUAUAUCAUCCCCCUCUUGAACCAGCGGGGAGGGGAAUGGAGAGGAAAGGGACAGAAGGGAGGGGAUGAGGAGGGACCGAAUCUAACUUCCCCGGUGUCACGGUCCUUGUUUUCUCCCUUUUAGAUUAGCAGGGAAAGAAUGGAAAAAGGAGAAAAAGGGAGAAAAAAAGAAAGAAGGAAGGGAGAGAAGGAAAUGCCGAGUCGAGCUUUCCUGGUAUGGUCCACUAUUUUGACUUAUCUCCCUUUUUUAACAAUAUGGGAGAGAAGGGAGAGGGAGAGGAAAGGAGGAAAAAAGGGAGGGGAAAGGGAGAUAAAAGAAAGAACCGAACUGAACUUUCCCGGUGUAAAAAACUAUACAUACUACCUUGUUUACCUCCCUUUUCUCCCUUUUUAACUACUAGGAGGGAGAUCAGGGCGAUAAUGGAGAUAGAAGGGAGGAAAGGGAGGGAACAAGGAAGACCCGAGUUUAUCUAUCCUGGUUUUAUAAAGGGUGACAAACUGCUCUGAGUAAUUUUUUUCCAUUUUGACCUAUAAGGGAGUAAAAAGAGAAGGGAGAUGAAAGGGAGAGAAGGGAGAAAAUAAGGAAAGGGUGAAUCUAACUUUACUGGUUUUAUUAAUAUGUGAAAUUUGUGAUCAUCUCCCUUAUAAACCAAAAGUGAGAAAAGGGAGAGAGAAGGGAGAAAAUAAGGAAGGGGCGAAUCUAACUUUACUGGUUUUAUUAAUAUGUGAAAUUUGUGAUCAUCUCCCUUAUAAACCAAUAGGGAGAUUGAAGGAAGAGAGAAGGGAGGGAAAAAGGGAGGGCCGAGUCUAACUUACUUGGUUUUAUAAAGGGUGAUUACAGACUUCCCUCCCUUCGUCAUUAUUGGAAAGAGGGGAGGGAGGAGAGGGAGGGAAAGGAAAGGGAGCAGAGAUAACGAAAGGUAAAGGAACGAAUAAGAAGGCAAAAUAGCAAAAUAAAGGAGAAAAUAGACGGAAGAACAAGGAAAAAAAAGACUGGAGAGAGAGAGAGAGAGAGAGAGAGAGAGAGAGAGAGAGAGAGAGAGAGAGAGAGAGAGAGAGAGAGAGAGAGAGGAAAAGGAGAAGAAAGGAAGAAAAAAUGUUUAGAUUAUUGUUUUUUAUUAUGUAGAUACGAAGGACAAAAAAAAAGGAAAGGGAAGAAAAGAGAGGAAAACCGAGAAAGGAAGAAGAAAACAAGGAGGAAAAGGCAAAUAAAGUGGAGAAAAGUGAGAGAAACGAGGGAAAGGAAGAGGAAGAAAAGGGAGGUACUGUAGGAAGGAGGAGAAAAGGGAGGAAAGUGUGGAAAGGAAGAGAAAAAUAGGAAGAGAAAAUAAAGCAGGAAAGAAAAAAAAAAGAGAAAAGGGAGAUACGAUAGGAAAGAGGAGAAAGAGGAAAGGAAAUGUGGAAAAGAGAAAGAAAACAGGAAGAUAAAGGGAAGCAAACACGAAGAAAA